GGAUCACAUCGGCAGAAGUAGUACAAGAAGGAGCAUGGCGUUCACAGCGGUCGUGACUGGAGCCACGGGGUUCGUGGCAACGGAAAUAUGUCGUCAGCUCCUGGAGAAGGGCUACAACGUACGAGGUACUGUGAGGAGUUUAGCCAGCAAGGAGAAGUACAGCCACCUGCAGGCAUUGGGGGAAGCGCUUCCUGGUGUCUUGACCCUCCAUGAGGCUGAUCUGCUCGCUGAAGGCUCAUUUGAUGAUGUUGUCAAAGGGGCAGAUUUCGUAUUCCAUACUGCAAGCCCUUUCAUCAGGGAAGUCCAUGACCCCCAGAAGGAUCUAGUGGACCCUGCCGUGAAGGGGACCAGAAAUGUGGUGCAAGCUGCUGUGAAAAGCAAGGACACAGUGAAGCGCAUCGUGGUCACCUCUUCCUUUGCCGCUGUUGUGAAGUCACAGAAAGGGCCCCAGAACGGGAGUCUCUUCACGGAAGAGGACUGGAAUGAUGAAAGCUCCUUGGAUGAUCAGCCAUACAGAUUCAGCAAGACUGAAGCGGAGAAGGAAGCUUGGGCCAUCUCCAAGCGGGAGGGACUGGAUUUAGUCACUAUAAACCCUACUUUUGUUCUGGGGCCUGUCGUGAGCAGCCGCACGGAUGCAACCUCCAUCAUACUCUUCAAGGACUUUGUUGAGAACAAGGGCGCAGACAUCAUCCCUUGGCAGGUAGAUGUGCGGGACAUUGGCCGAGCUCAUGUGCUGGCUGUCGAGGUGCCCACAGCAAGUGGUCGAUACAUUGUGUCGCAUGACUCGACGCUCUCCACAAAGUACAUUUCAGAGGUCUUGUCCGAGCGCUUUCCUCAGUACCAAUUCCCCAGUGGCGAGGAUGCACCGGCCAAGCAAGUCCUUGACAAUAGCAAGGUGCAGAAGGAGCUUGGGUUGCAGCUGUUGCCAGCAAAGUUCACCUACAUUGACAUGGCCACCACCCUCAUCCAGAAGGGCAUUGCCAAGCCUGUCGCAAAGUAGGGCAAGCACGUUCAGCAAGCAAAGUUUGUUGAGGUGCCUUGCAUGCAUGAUUCCCCCAUAUGGGAAGAACAUGUACAUAUUGAAGUAGACUGCACAUGCGUACAAUCCCCAUCUGUGCUGACCACUGCAUUGAUCUAAUGCUUUAUGCACCUUGCAAAGAGGUAUUCUUGCCAAAAACGCUGAGAGUUCUGAUUUUUUUUAAUAUCAAGAAUGGUGUAAAUUAAGGAUAAGGCCACAUGUACAUGGUUCAGUGCAUUGAUAUUGCAAUGCUUUGCUCAAACACUUUUGCUGUGCGCACUAUGCUUUGGCGCUAGUUGCAAGCUGCAAUUGUAAGACAAUGGCCACCCUUACACA